UUUCUCAUUUCUGUGUGUAAGUGUAACCCUAUGUUCUCUUUCUCUCUCUCUUUCGAUUAGAUCUUACGGAAUGGAUUUAGAGUGAAGGAAAGAGGGAUUCUUCUCCGUACGAUACUUUCCUCUCCCAUCACUCUGCCUUCUCUCUUUCUUGGUGCCUCCGUCGCGCUUAAUCCCUUCUUCCCUCUCUCUCUCUCUCUCUCAGAUCUAAUAAGCUUACUUCGGUGAAAUAUUUGUGAUGGCUGAUAGCAAUCCUUCCUCUGGAUCACCUGGAGAAACUCAGAAUCCCAUACCAGAUGGGAAUGCACCUUCUGAAAGCGAUCUUGCACUGGACAAUCUAGCACAAAAAGUUCAAGAAUCCCUCUCCCUUGAAAGAAGGCAUAAAUUUUGGGAAACCCAACCUGUUGGGCAGUUCAAGGAUGUAGGGGACACCAGUUUGCCUGAAGGCCCUAUUGAAGCUCCAACUCCUUUGUCAGAGGUCAAACAAGAACCCUACAACCUCCCUAGCCUCUAUGAAUGGGUAACUUGUGACAUCAACUCCGAUGAGAUGUGCAAUGAAGUAUACACCCUUCUUGCAAACAAUUACGUGGAGGACGAUGAGAACAUGUUUAGAUUUAACUACUCAAAAGAAUUUCUGCGCUGGGCUCUUCAACCUCCUGGUUACUUCAAGAGUUGGCAUAUCGGUGUCCGUGUUAAGACAUCCAAGAAGAUGGUUGCCUUUAUAAGUGGUGUUCCUGCUAAAAUCCGCUCUCGUGAUGAUGUUGUUAAUAUGGCAGAGAUCAAUUUUCUCUGUGUUCAUAAGAAGCUUAGAACUAAGAGGCUUGCUCCUGUAAUGAUUAAAGAGGUGACCCGGAGAGUGCACUUGGAGGACAUAUGGCAGGCUGCUUAUACUGCUGGAGUGGUUCUUCCGACUCCGAUAGCAACCUGCCAAUACUGGCACAGAUCCUUAAAUCCGAAGAAGCUAAUCGAUGUUGGGUUUUCACGGCUCGGUGCACGAAUGACAAUGAGUCGAACAAUCAAGCUUUAUAAGUUGCCAGAAUCAACAGUCACCCCAGGUUUCAGAAAGAUGGAAAUCCAUGAUGUUCCUGCAGUUACUAGACUAAUUAGGAAUUAUUUGAGCCAGUUUGUCGUUGCACCUGAUUUUGAUGAAAACGAUGUGGAGCAUUGGCUUCUUCCGAAGGAGGAUGUUGUUGAUAGUUAUCUUGUUGAAAGUCCUGAAACUCAUGAGGUCACUGACUUUUGCAGUUUUUAUACGCUUCCUUCUACAAUCCUUGGAAACCCAAACUAUUCACUUUUGAAAGCAGCGUAUUCCUUCUACAAUGUGUCGACAAUGACCCCCUUGCUUCAACUGAUGAAUGAUGCUCUCAUUGUAGCAAAACAGAAGGACUACGACGUUUUUAAUGCAUUGGAUGUCAUGCAGAAUGAAACCUUCUUGAAAGAACUGAAAUUUGGACCAGGUGAUGGGAAGCUUCAUUAUUAUCUUUACAACUACCGGAUAAGGAAUGGGUUGAAGCCAUCAGAACUUGGCCUUGUUCUUCUGUAGCUUAAAGUUUACAGAAAAUUUAUUGCAAUUUAUGGAUUUUGAAUUACAAUCGUUUUGCUGAUAGACUUUGUAUCGUUGGUUGCACAUGAUGUUAGACUUCAAAUUUUGCCUGACUAUCUGAACAAAACAAACACAUUAGACACUGAAUUUUCAUGGUUACGAAUUUUAUACCGAGUUAUGUCUUUGUUGCAUAAACCUGAAAGAAAGCAGCAGUGACCUAUCUGCUUCAGUUCA